AUGGGACUGUCGUACACGACGCAGAAGAGCGUGGUGAUCCGAUCGUGGCGGCUCGGGGCGCUGUAUUACGGUCUCGUCGCGGUUGUCUUGGCGUACGUCGGAUUCUUUUUGGUGUACGUCGAGCGCGGGUAUCAACGCACGUCGCGGGCGGUUGGGAACAUUGGGCUCAAGGUGAAGGGACAGGCGACGCUGCGAGACGCGACGACGGGCGCGACGUUGGUUUACGACGCGAAUGAUUUAGUGAUGUAUGAACCGAGCGGGUUCUUCAUCGCCACCGCGCUGGCGACGACGCUGCAGGCGCGAGGACGGUGUCCGGGGAUGGAUGAGGACGAGACGUGCGAGGACGCGAGCGCGUGCGUCGUGGGAACGUUCUCGCCGAGCGGGCGCAUGACGGGACAGUGCGUCGCGACGGCGUUAAAGGAUGAAGAUGGAAAGGUCGUGAAGCGAUGUGAGGUGGAAGGUUGGUGUCCGGGAGAGCCGGAGAAGGAUGAAGUGACCGUCCUCGAAAACGUUGGGAAUUUCACGGUGUUCACACGCAUCUCCGUAGAGUUCCCAGGAAUACCCGACGAGGAUGGCGAGGGUAACAUGCUCUGGACCAAUCUUAACGGGACCAAGCCAACGUUAGGAUGGAACUUGUGGACGAUCAACGAUUUACUCGAGAGUGGAGGAAUGUCGGUGAAGGAAGUAGCCCGCAAAGGAUGGGACGGGCGCGUUGACGUCGAGUUUGAUUGCAACUUGGACCGAGGCAUCGAUGCGUGCGCUCCGAAGACGCCGUACACGCUGAAACAGGUCAUGCAUCCUAAUACUUUGUCGGAGGGAUUCAAUAUUCGAUGGAUAAGCGGUCAAAACGUGGGUGAACCGAGCGCGCAGGCUGGUGUCGUGUACUCGAAUGAAACCGCAAACGGCCCGGGCAAGGACGUUCGGCUCCUCGUGAAAGGUUACGGACCUAGAAUCCGAUUUGAAGUGACGGGUGUUGGUCGAAAAUUUGAUUGGCUCACGUUAUCUACGACCGUAGGUGCCGGCGUCGCGUUCCUAGGCAUCGCGUCACUCGUCGUCAAUGCUGUCAUGAUGUACUGCUCUGGACCGAAAUCCAAGCAAUACGAGAGCUGGCUCUUUGCCGAGUUCCACGACACCCCGUACGGAUCCACGGAGGAGGCGACUUGA